GAAGAAGAAAAUUGCAAAGAGUUUGCUAUUAGAUACUAAGAAAUAUUAGAAAAUGGCAGUAGCCCACUUUGUUCUCAUUCACACCAUAUGCCAUGGUGCAUGGGUUUGGGACAAGCUCAAGCCUGCGCUUGAGAAACUUGGCCACACGGUCACUGCACUGGACCUUGUCGCCAGUGGCAAUGACCCAAGACAAAUUGAGGAUGUUGGCUCAUUUGAUGCCUAUUCUGAACCAUUGUUGAGCUUUUUGGAAAACGAUGUCGCUCAUGGAGAAAAGGUGAUUCUCGUUGGUGAAAGCUGUGGAGGAAUAAAUGUUGCUAUUGCUGCUGAUAAAUUCAAAGACAAGAUUGCAGCUGCCGUUUUUCAUAAUUCACUGAUGCCAGACACCGUUCACAAGGCAUCUUAUGUUUUGGAUAUGUUUUUGGAGGUCUUCUUCCCAGAUUGGAAGGACAGUGUUUUUGAACCUUAUACCUUUGGUGAUGAUGUUAUCACAGCAGUAACGUUAGGCCCCAUUCUUAUGAAGGAAAAUAUAUAUACCGAUUGCCCUCCUGAGGAUCUUGAGCGAGCGAAGAUGUUGGUAAGGAAAGGAUCAACAUUUCAAGAAACUUUACAGAAACGUGAAUCAUUUACCGAGAAAGGUUAUGGAUCAAUUAAGAAAAUUUAUAUAUAUGGCAGUGCAGACAAAAUUAUGACUGAAGUUUUUCAUCGUUGGCAAAUAAAUAACUAUAAACCAGACAAGGUUUAUGUGGUUCCUGGUGGAGGUCAUAAGUUGAUGCUUUCUAGGGUUUGUGAUCUGGUUCCAAUUCUCCAGGAGGUGGCUGAUAAAUAUGCUUAACUUAAUUACAACUAUUUACUAUAUAAUUAAUUUAUGGAUGCAGUGCAACUAUAAAUAAAUUCUCCCAACCUAUGUUCGUGGGAAAAGUUGCACCAAGAGAUCCAGUUGUUUUAUGCAGCUUAAUUAUGGUUUGCUUGUUACUGUA